AAUGUUGUGGUUGCUAAGGAACAGAAGCGUGCAUGUGUACACUAAACUCUUAAAAAAAUGGCACAAUUUUCCGAGCAGGAUUUAUUGGGCGACUUGAAUUCGGAUGAUAGUAACGAUAGCUUUUUCGAAGAACCAAAACCAAUGUCAAGUGUUACGAAAACUCCCGAUAAAAAGGUACUUACGAAUCUCUUUGGGUUAAAUGAUGAUAAACCAAAGAACAAAAAGGCCGAUUGGCUGGGGCUCGAAGCCGACGAAAGUGACCAUCCUAAAACUUCGAGGGAAAAGAAGAAAAUUAGUUUCGACGAUGAAGACGAUAUACUGAAUGAUUUGGGAAUCGAUAAGAAACAAGUUGUCGAUGUAUCUAAAGACAAGAAUCCCACUAGUGCUACGAAGAAAAGUUCCUUAAUGGAAAGCAUAUUUGGGCCACCGAAAUCUCCCCAGAAAGACUCCUUAGAUUUACUUAAGACUCCGGCAAAAACAGACUCUAGUCCUGUAAAAGCAGUCCCAAAGCCACCAAGUACCGGGUACGAUGCUGGUAGUGCAUCACGUGAAGGCCGCCGUUCUCGUCAUACCUCUGGAGGUACAAAAUCUCUCGACCCCUUAGGUUUAUUUGCAACGGACACUGAUCGUGAGAACUCAAUUAUGCCAAAGCAGGAGAAAGCUACAAAGUCUGAAGUAAAAAUUCAACCGACCAAGCCACACAGCGCACCUAACAUACAAAGUUUUCCCGAUUGGCUCGAAGGGUCACCUGUUAAAGUUCACAAAUCCGAUACAGUCACAUCCUGCCCGAAGAGCACUCCACAAAUGACCGAACAAAAAACAGAAACACCCAGCGUUGACCGACCCGAAGAAACUCAGGACCUUUCUGGUGGCUCGACCUUUUCUACUUUACUGGCACAGCAAGGAUUGCUUUCUGCCCACCUCGGUUACCAGAACACCUCUUCGGCUCUCCAACAGCAAGAGUCACAAGUAUUAAUGGCAUUACAACUGAAAAAGUGCGAGGAAUACUUUGCUCAAACCCAAAAGAAGCAGUUGGAUAUUUUAAUGAAACAAGAACAGCAAUUUAGUGAAAUGCUCGGAAAGCAAUUUGCCAAACAACAAGUGAUGGAGAAUAAUAUGCGAAUGCAGCAGGAGAGAAUUAACAACAACAUCCAGUUGUUGCUAUCCCAACCGACAAUAAUUGGAAACGUGAGUGCCGAACAAGAAGAUGAAAUACAUCAGUUGAGAAAAGCAAAUUCCGAACAGAAUGCGAAGCUCUACGAGGACAUGAUCGAGAUGCUUAAGCAGAGACAGCACGAGGAGACCUUCCUCUUAAAUGAAUCUUACAAGUAAGUGGUUUUAUGGGUUAGACAAGCGUAUAUUUAAUACCAUUGAAACAAUGAUGCGUUAAGAAAUGUCGUCUGAGGGUAACCGUACGACGAGUACGAUUUGUAGAAUAAUCACAGUGGACCUUGGAGUCCUUGUGAUUUGCUGUGUUUUUUAAAGGCGGACGUAUUGUUGGUUGCAUAAUCACACUGGACACAUUUUAUAUCUUUUGACAUUUAUAUUUUAGCCUAUAUCUAUUAAACUGGAUCUAUUUGUUGGUUGCUUAAUAAAAGAGGUCAUAUUCUUUUAAA